ACCGAGCUCUGCUUCCCAAAGCAAAAUUUGUAAUAUGCCAUUUUUCCGAUGGACGCUUCUCCUUUUGGCUGCUGACGGAGCCACGGGAAGAUGCCGAGCUCCUGCCACGCCACCGGGCCGGGGCACGUUCCGGGAGGGCGCCGGGGCACGCGUGUGUCUGAGCUACCUUUCUCCUCCCGUUGCUAGGGAAAUGGUCCAGGAGUGCUGGGUGUGAGCCUCCCUUCUCCUCAAGCCGGAGACUGCGGUUGUCAUUGAUCAAUUGAAGAAGCAAGGACCCGAAAUCACAGACAUUAGCAAUGAUGUGUGAAGUGAUGCCCACGAUUAAUGAGGACACCCCAAUGAGCCAAAGGGGGUCCCAAAGCAGUGGCUCGGACUCAGACUCUCAUUUUGAGCAGCUGAUGGUGAAUAUGCUAGAUGAAAGGGAUCGUCUUCUAGACACCCUUCGGGAGACCCAGGAAAGCCUCUCACUUGCCCAGCAGAGACUUCAGGAUGUCAUCUAUGACCGAGACUCACUCCAGAGACAGCUCAAUUCAGCCCUGCCACAGGAUAUCGAAUCCUUAACAGGAGGGCUGGCUGGUUCUAAGGGGGCUGAUCCACCGGAAUUUGCUGCACUGACAAAAGAAUUAAAUGCCUGCAGGGAACAACUUCUAGAAAAGGAAGAAGAAAUCUCUGAACUCAAAGCUGAAAGAAACAACACAAGACUAUUACUGGAGCAUUUGGAAUGCCUUGUGUCACGACAUGAAAGGUCACUAAGAAUGACGGUGGUAAAACGGCAAGCCCAGUCUCCCUCAGGAGUAUCCAGUGAAGUUGAAGUUCUCAAGGCACUGAAAUCUUUGUUUGAGCACCACAAGGCCUUGGAUGAAAAGGUAAGGGAGCGACUGAGGGUUUCUUUAGAAAGAGUCUCUGCACUGGAAGAAGAACUAGCUGCUGCUAAUCAGGAGAUUGUUGCCUUGCGUGAACAAAAUGUUCAUAUACAAAGAAAAAUGGCAUCAAGCGAGGGAUCCACAGAAUCAGAACAUCUUGAAGGGAUGGAACCUGGACAGAAAGUCCAUGAGAAGCGUUUGUCCAAUGGUUCUAUAGACUCAACCGAUGAAACUAGUCAAAUAGUUGAACUACAAGAAUUGCUUGAAAAGCAAAACUAUGAAAUGGCCCAGAUGAAAGAACGUUUAGCAGCCCUUUCUUCCCGAGUGGGAGAGGUGGAACAGGAAGCAGAGACAGCAAGAAAGGAUCUCAUUAAAACAGAAGAAAUGAACACCAAGUAUCAAAGGGACAUUAGGGAGGCCAUGGCACAAAAGGAAGAUAUGGAAGAAAGAAUUACAACCCUUGAAAAGCGUUACCUCAGUGCUCAGAGAGAAUCUACCUCCAUACAUGACAUGAAUGAUAAACUAGAAAAUGAGUUAGCAAAUAAAGAAGCUAUCCUACGGCAGAUGGAAGAGAAAAACAGACAGUUACAAGAACGUCUUGAGCUAGCUGAACAAAAGUUGCAGCAGACCAUGAGAAAGGCUGAAACCUUGCCUGAAGUAGAGGCUGAACUGGCUCAGAGAAUUGCAGCCCUAACCAAGGCUGAAGAGAGACAUGGAAAUAUUGAAGAACGUAUGAGACAUCUAGAGGGUCAACUUGAAGAGAAAAAUCAAGAACUUCAAAGAGCUAGGCAAAGAGAGAAAAUGAAUGAGGAGCAUAACAAGAGAUUAUCGGAUACUGUUGAUAGACUUCUGACUGAAUCCAAUGAACGCCUACAACUACACUUAAAGGAAAGAAUGGCUGCUCUAGAAGAAAAGAAUGUUUUAAUUCAAGAAUCAGAAACUUUCAGAAAGAAUCUUGAAGAAUCUUUACAUGAUAAGGAAAGAUUAGCAGAAGAAAUUGAAAAGCUGAGAUCUGAACUUGACCAACUGAAAAUGAGAACUGGCUCUUUAAUUGAACCCACAAUAUCAAGAACUCAUCUAGACACCUCAGCUGAGUUGCGGUAUUCAGUGGGAUCUCUAGUGGACAGCCAGUCUGAUUACAGAACAACUAAAGUGAUAAGAAGACCAAGGAGAGGCCGCAUGGGUGUGCGAAGAGAUGAGCCAAAGGUGAAAUCUCUUGGGGAUCAUGAGUGGAACAGAACUCAACAGAUUGGAGUACUAAGCAGCCACCCUUUUGAAAGUGACACUGAAAUGUCUGAUAUUGAUGAUGAUGACAGAGAAACAAUUUUUAGCUCAAUGGAUCUUCUGUCUCCAAGUGGUCAUUCCGAUGCCCAGACUCUAGCCAUGAUGCUUCAGGAGCAACUGGAUGCCAUCAACAAAGAAAUCAGGCUAAUUCAGGAAGAAAAAGAAUCUACAGAGUUGCGUGCUGAAGAAAUUGAGAAUAGAGUGGCUAGUGUGAGCCUCGAGGGCCUGAAUUUGGCGAGGGUCCACCCAGGUACCUCCAUCACUGCCUCUGUUACAGCUUCAUCACUGGCCAGUUCAUCUCCUCCCAGUGGACACUCAACGCCGAAGCUCACCCCUCGAAGCCCUGCCAGGGAAAUGGAUCGGAUGGGAGUCAUGACACUGCCAAGUGAUCUAAGGAAACAUCGGAGAAAGAUUGCAGUUGUGGAAGAAGAUGGUCGAGAGGACAAAGCAACAAUUAAAUGUGAAACUUCUCCUCCUCCUACCCCUAGAGCUAUCAGAAUGACUCAUACUCUCCCUUCUUCCUACCACAAUGAUGCUCGAAGUAGUUUAUCUGUCUCUCUUGAGCCAGAAAGCCUUGGGCUUGGUAGUGCCACCAGCAGCCAAGACUCUCUUCACAAAGCCCCCAAGAAAAAAGGAAUCAAGUCUUCAAUAGGACGUUUGUUUGGUAAAAAAGAAAAAGCUCGACUUGGGCAGCUCCGAGGCUUUAUGGAGACUGAAGCUGCAGCUCAGGAGUCCCUGGGGUUAGGCAAACUUGGAACUCAAGCUGAGAAGGAUCGAAGACUGAAGAAAAAGCAUGAACUUCUUGAGGAAGCUCGGAGAAAGGGAUUACCUUUUGCCCAGUGGGAUGGGCCGACUGUGGUCGCAUGGCUAGAGCUUUGGUUGGGAAUGCCUGCGUGGUACGUUGCAGCCUGCCGAGCCAACGUGAAGAGUGGUGCCAUCAUGUCUGCUUUAUCUGACACUGAGAUCCAGAGAGAAAUUGGAAUCAGCAAUCCACUGCAUCGCUUAAAACUCCGAUUAGCAAUCCAGGAGAUGGUUUCCCUAACAAGUCCUUCCGCUCCUCCAACAUCUCGAACUCCUUCAGGCAACGUUUGGGUGACUCAUGAAGAAAUGGAAAAUCUUGCAGCUCCAGCAAAAACGAAAGAAUCUGAGGAAGGAAGCUGGGCCCAGUGUCCGGUUUUUCUACAGACCCUGGCUUAUGGAGAUAUGAACCAUGAGUGGAUUGGAAAUGAAUGGCUUCCCAGCUUGGGGUUACCUCAGUACAGAAGUUACUUUAUGGAAUGCUUGGUAGAUGCAAGAAUGUUAGAUCACCUAACAAAAAAAGAUCUCCGUGUCCAUUUAAAAAUGGUGGAUAGUUUCCAUCGAACAAGUUUACAAUAUGGAAUUAUGUGCUUAAAGAGGUUGAAUUAUGACAGAAAAGAACUAGAAAGAAGACGGGAAGCAAGCCAACACGAAAUAAAAGACGUGUUGGUGUGGAGCAAUGACCGAGUUAUUCGCUGGAUACAAGCAAUUGGACUUCGAGAAUAUGCAAAUAAUAUACUUGAGAGCGGUGUGCAUGGCUCACUUAUAGCCCUGGAUGAAAACUUUGACUACAGCAGCUUAGCUUUAUUAUUACAGAUUCCAACACAGAACACCCAGGCAAGGCAGAUUCUUGAAAGGGAAUACAAUAACCUCUUGGCCCUGGGAACUGAAAGGCGACUGGAUGAAAGUGAUGACAAGAACUUCAGACGUGGAUCAACCUGGAGAAGGCAGUUUCCUCCUCGGGAAGUACAUGGAAUCAGCAUGAUGCCUGGGUCCUCAGAAACAUUACCAGCGGGAUUUAGGUUAACCACAACAUCUGGGCAGUCAAGAAAAAUGACAACAGAUGAUGGCGUCUUUUCAGUCUACUCUACCUAAAGUGCACUACCAUCUAAGAAGACAAGCAGUGAAAACCUUUGUGAAAACUGAAUUCUAAGGAAAUAAUGACGUCAUGACUUAUUAAAGCUGAAAAAUGUGAUUUUUGGGGGGAGUCAGAUAUUACAUUUGAUUAGUUUACUACAAUUGUAAUAAAAUGCUUAAGUCAUUUGAAUAAUAAACAUCAUCUACAUCAUAAACUCUGUACAACAGAUGCUUUUAUGAAAUGAAGCCAGUUGUUUUUCAUGUUUUAUUGUAAUAUACUAGGCAUUUAUGUAUUACUGUGCAUUUGUUUUUAAAUGUGUAAGUCUUAUGUAAAUGGAUAUAAAUAUGAUUUUUUAAAAAAUAAAAUAUAUGGUUCAUGGAGUCUCGAGUGCAAACAUUUGACAAUUCCAAGUACUGUUUGUAUUUUACCAUUCCACCAUUUUUACGGUUUUUGAAUUGUUAAUAGUCAAAUCAAUAUGUUUCCUUGAAGCAUGUUUCAUGCUUCAACAUGUUUCUCCUUCAAGUCUGUCAAUACUUAAAGCUGAACAACCUGCCUCUGAUCAUGUGAAAAAGAAUGAUUUAACCUGGAACCGGAGCCAAAAAUAGAGCUUUAAAGGCAAUCAGGGAUGUCCUAUAUCUUUAGAAAUAGCACUGUGAUGGCUUGAUCUCCUUUUCAAUACAAUACAAAGCCAAGCUGUUUACAAGAGUCAAAAGCAAUUAUUUAAAAAUUUAUAUUAAAAAACCAUAAUCUUCUCUUGUUACCUGUGGACCAAGAAAAAAAACAAAAAACAAAAAACAAAAAACUUCUUUACUAAGAACCACAUGUUCAUUCAAAUAUCUUGAACUGCCAGCCAGUACUGGACAGCAAAUGUCAACCACUGCGGAGUCUGAGGCUCAUUUCCACUAGAGAAAACAAAACCCAAGAUACCUUUCCCUUUUGUCAAUGUAACUGGGCAUUAGCCAGACUCAUGUCUAAUGUUAUAAGCUUUUAGCCGAGAUGGCCUUGUUGUGACUUCCCUGAAGUCAGUUUUAUCAGAGGAAAUAAUGAAAGACAGAAUGAUUAACAUAUAUAGUGUAUAAAAGUAUAGAAGAGUAAUCUCUUCCCUGUGGCUUUAUUUGGUGGUGUUACUGUUGUUUAUUCUUUGUUUAUAUGGGAGAUUCAAAGUAAAGCCUAUUUAAUAAUACCAUUUAUCUAACUGCUGAUUUUCUGCUGCUUGAUCUUAUUAAGCGCAAGAUCUGUCAUUAGUAAUUUCUUUUCUGUAUUUUAAUUUGCUAUGUUUGCACGUACAUUACAUUUGUUUUGAUGUCUAUUUUUAUUUAACAGAUGCAGUCAAAAGGUAAUGGUAACAGAAACCCUUUCCAUUGUCAAUAAAAAAACAAAAUACUUCCA